AUGGGUGUCGCGAAGAAGACGAGAAAGUUUGGACAGGUCAAACGAGUCAUCGGCCUGAAAGAUGUCCGACUCAAGGAAAACCGAUUGAAAGAAGAACUCAAGCAGAAGGAGAAGGAGGCCAGGAGGACAGUCGGAGGAGAAGUCGUCAAGGAAGUUGCCCAGAUGCCGAGCGGCAUGUAUUUCGCCCACAACGACAAUCUCAAGCCGCCCUAUAGCGUCCUCGUCGAUACAAAUUUCCUAAGUCAUACCGUUCAGAGGAAGCUGUCGCUGCUGGAAUCCAUGAUGGACUGCCUCUACGCAAAGUGCAACCCCAUCAUCACCUCAUGCGUCAUGGCCGAACUCGAGAAACUCGGCACAAAAUACAGACUGGCUUUGAAAAUUGCUAGAGACGAGAGGUGGCAGCGGAUACAGUGCGAUCACAAGGGCACGUAUGCAGACGACUGCAUCGUGGACCGGGUGACCAAGGAUCGGAUAUACAUCGUGGGGACCAACGACAAGGCGCUGAAGCAGAGGCUGCGAAAAAUUCCUGGUGUUCCGAUCAUGAGUGUCGCGAGGGGCAAAUAUCGAGCAUCGCCACCCCUUUGUAUUACAAAAGGCUUACAAAAGGCCGACGACAAGGCUGAGAACCAGCGCACUGGGCAAAACACCAUCAGGCGUGACAACGAAAUGGAUUUGGGAAUGAACUCGGGGAGCUCAGCAUCCCUUGUAAAGAAGCGCACGCGGAUUCUCCUCUCGUGCGCGCCAUGCCGGAACUCGAAGCUCAAGUGUGACCGUGAGCAGCCAUGCGGGCAGUGCGCCAAGAAGGGCCGCCUGGACUUGUGCGUCUAUGCGCCAAAGCCGGAGAAGAAGAGGCCGGCGGCCAAGGGCAUGGCGGCGCGGCUGAAGAGGCUCGAGGGCAUGGUGCGAGGCAUGAUGGACGACGAGGGGAAUCUCAGAUCGGGGCCUCAGGCGGCGGAGGGCGUUGCGCCGCAGCUCAAAGGAAAAGUUGUUCAUGGAGAUAAUGCGACGACGUAUGUGGGCGCCACUCACUGUCUGGCGAUGCUUGAAGAUAUUGAGGAUAUCAAAGCCUACUUUGACGAUCCUGGGGACUCGGAUGACGACUUGUUGCCAGGCGAAGAGCUGGAUGGACCGGAGAUGCUUCUUUACUCUCGAGGGGCGCCAACUAGUCGUGAAGAACUUCUUGCUCAGCUACCCGAGAGGCAUGUAGCGGACAGACUAGUUACGCGGUAUUUUUCAUCUAAAAGCCCGUCUCAACACGUUGUUCACCGUCCGACAUUCACAAGAGCGUAUGUGAAAUUCUGGCAAAACCCUGGUGAAGCCUCACUUCAUUGGGUAGCCCUACUCUUCAUGGUACUCGCGCUGGGCGUGUUUUUCAAUAACUUUUCCGCCCCCGACGAGGUUGAGAGUGAUUCGCCGAUAUCAGUCAAGGACAGAAUCAAGCAGUACCGCUCAUGUGCGGGAUGGGCGUUGAUAUGGGGCAAAUACUCUCAGCCGACGUCUGUAACGGUGCCGGCGUUUAUUCUUUAUGUGGAAGCCGACUUCAUUCUCAACCGAGCGGCGCAGAUGAACUGCUACAUCCUGUCGGGCGUCUGCGUGCGGUUGAUGCUCAAGAUGGGAUUCCAUAGAGAUCCUUCUCACCUGGCCAACAUUUCCCCCUUUGAAGGCGAGAUGAGGCGCAGACAGUGGAACAUGGCUGCCCAGAUCGACCUCCUCGUCUCCUUUCACAUGGGUCUGCCGAGCAUGCUCGCUGGUAUUGAAACAGAUACGGAGCUGCCGCGUAACCUGGAAGACGACGACUUUGACGAAAAGUGCAAGGAGCUGCCGCAGCCACGGCCGGAGAACGUUUACACAUUUAUGACUUACGCUAUCCACAAAUCCAGACUACUUCGUGUAUUCAGCAAAGUUGCCCAGCAGGCUCACUCACUAACACCGCCGAGCUACAGCGAUGUGCUGAAGCUGGAUAACCUGUUGACCGAGACUUGGAGCAGCAUCCCGUCAUUCAUGUAUGUGAAGCCGUUGGAAGAGUGCGUCGGCGAGGAGCCCCACCAGAUCAUUCAACGAUACGGAAUUGCGUCUCUAUAUCACAAGAGCCGCUGCGUUCUCCAUCGACGCUACCUGGCAGAGGCAGACCCAAAGCCCGAGCACGACUACUCGCGAAAUCAGUGCCUGGAUGCCGCUACGACACUGCUGGACUUUCAAUAUGCUUCUUGGUUGGGCUGUCAGCCCGGCAAUGUCCUCGGCCGCUCGGGCUGGUUCAUGAGCUCGCUCGCCGUGCACGACUUUAUGCUCGCCGCCAUGAUUCUAUAUCUCAUCAUCCAGAACGACAACUAUUCCGAAGACGGCUCUGGCUUCGGCACGGCGGGCAGGCAAAGGGAGGCGCCGACCAAGGAGCAGCUGAUUGCCAUGAUUCGGCGAUCACAUGAUAUCAGCUGUCAAGUAUUCAACAAGUUGACGGAUCUAAGAAAGACGGCGGAUACACUGGCUGUGAUGCUGGCCAAGCUCGGACGGCCAGUUGAGCGAAGCUCGCCUGCUUCCUCCAGCACGCAAUACCCACAGUCCGGUAGGGACUCGAGUCGAUCAGUAUCUAGCCAUGUAGUAUCUCUCGAUGCUGUUGGAUACGCCUCUGACUAUCCCAACAGCGGACUCGAAGAUUCAGGCUCUAGCUCCGGCCCAACACCAUUCUCCCAGGGUCAGCCAGCCAGCACUGCAGCUAAUGCGGGAGCUAUACCCAGCCGCAGCAACGCCGGUGCGCCAAUAGCAAACAACAUUAACCAGUUCGACAUGUCUUGGAUGUUAUCUGUGGAUAACGUAGACUGGCGACAUCUAGAUGCUUCCCUCGGCCAGAAUGUGACGGAUGGGUCGGGUUCCAGCACGGCUCAGUCGUGGAUGGAGAGAAUGCCGCUGGACGAUGUGGAUAUGUUGAAUGCCGAUCUUUGGAAUAUGGCCCCUGAAACUGAUGGCCAAUGA